CAGGUGAAAGGAAGUGAUCCCACUUUGGACGACAAGAGAGCUAAUCGGGACAGCAAGGGUGAAUGGCUGAGAGAAAAACAAACAAAAGACCCCAACUUUUUAAAGUCAAGACUGCCAAUUAAGGAACGUAGCCCAGAGCUGGAAUACCCCCAGUCUUUUCCACUUCCCAUUUGUGUAGAGGUCAGUCCCCACUCAGAGAUGUGGGGGAGCAUCAGGAGUUGAUUGACUGACAUCUAUCAUGAAGCCAAGAUUAAGCACUAUCUGCUUACCCAGCAAGUCCCAGACAUUACCUUGAACUUUGAAAAGAGGAAAAGGAUGAAAUGAGAUAAAGUGGACGACUGGAGGAGCCCAGCCCCCAACCUCCGCCCCCUCUUUGAAGCAUGGCAGGCCUCCAGCUUGUCACCCCUGCCUCUUCACCCAUGGGGCCUUUCUUUGGUCUGCCAUGGCAGCAGGAGGCAAUUCACGAUAACAUCUACACACCUAGGAAAUAUCAGGUAGAACUUCUUGAAGCAGCUCUUGAACACAAUACUAUCGUCUGCUUGAAUACCGGCUCAGGGAAGACCUUUAUUGCAGUACUCCUAACAAAAGAGCUCUCCCAUCAAAUCCGUGGAGACUUCCGAGAAAAUGCGAAGAGGACUGUUUUUCUGGUCAAUACAGCUUCGUCUGUGGUUCAGCAAGCAGCUGCAGUCAGGACUCACUCUGACCUCCAGGUGGGCGAAUACACCAGCUUGGAGGACACCUCAGCAUGGACUGACAAAGAGUGGAGCCAAGAGAUGAUUGAGAAUCAGGUGCUGGUCAUGACUUGUCACAUAUUCCUGCAUGUUCUGAGGAAUGGAGUCUUGCCAUUGUCUAAAAUCAACCUGGUGGUAUUUGAUGAGUGUCACUUGGCAAUCACAGACCAUCCGUACCGGGAGAUAAUGAAGCUGUUUGAAGGCUGUCCGUCUGGACCUCGGAUUCUGGGUCUCACCGCUUCCAUUCUAAAUGGAAAGUGUGACCCGUCAGAACUGGAGCAGAAGAUCCAGAACCUGGAGCAAAUCCUGAGGAGCAAUGCUGAAACUGCCACUGACCUUGUGGUCCUGGACAGAUAUGCCUCUCAGCCCAGGGAAGUGGUGCUAGACUGUGGCCCCUACCUGGACAAAAGUGGACUUUCCUCCCGUCUGCAGACCGAGCUGGAUGAAGCUCUCCACUUCCUGAAUGACUGCAACAUAUCUGUGGCCAGAGAAGACCGUGAUCCCACCUUCAUAUCCAAACAGGUCCUGAAUGACUGCCGAGCAGUGCUGCUUGUACUUGGGCCCUGGUGUGCUGACAAGGUUGCAGGCAUCAUGGUUCGUGAGCUCCAGAAGUACAUCAAACAUGAGCAGGAGGAACUCAACCGCAAGUUCCUGCUCUUCACUGACACGAUCCUGCGAAAAGUGCAUGCCCUUUGCGAGGAGCAUUUCUCUCCUGCUUCGCUGGACCUCAAAUUUGUCACACCUAAAGUCCUCCGCCUGCUGGAAAUCCUGCACGAGUACAAACCAUUUGAGCGACAGCAGUUUGAAAGUGUGGAGUGGUACAACAACCGCAACCAGGACAACUACGUGUCCUGGAGUGACUCUGAAGAUGAAGAUGAGGAUGAGGAGGUGGAGGCCAAAGAGAAGCCUGAAGCCAACUUUCCCUCACCGUUUACUAACAUUCUGUGCGGGAUUAUCUUUGUGGAGAGGCGUUACACGGCUGUUGUACUUAAUCGUCUAAUUAAAGAGGCAGGGAAGCAGGACCCAGAGCUGGCUUACAUCAGCAGCAACUUUAUCACAGGCCACAGCAUUGGCAAGAACCAGCCGCGAAACAAGCAGAUGGAGGUGGAAUUCAGGAAACAAGAAGAGGUUCUCCGCAAAUUCCGGGCCCAUGAAACCAACCUGCUCAUUGCCACCAGCAUUGUGGAAGAAGGUGUGGAUAUUCCAAAGUGUAACCUGGUGGUGCGCUUUGACCUGCCAACAGAGUACAGAUCCUAUGUCCAAUCUAAAGGCAGGGCCCGGGCACCAGUCUCCAACUACAUCAUGUUGGCUGACAGUGAUAGGACCAAAGCCUUUGAGGACGAUCUCACAACUUAUAAGGCUAUUGAGAAGAUCUUAAGGAAUAAAUGUUCAAAAUCUGCGGAAGUUAGCGAGUUUGAAGUUGAACAGGUGGUAGAUGAUGACAACAUCCUGCCACCCUAUGUGCUUCGCUCUGAGGAUGGAGGUCCCCGGGUCACCAUCAACACAGCCAUUGGGCACAUUAACAGGUACUGUGCUCGGCUGCCCAGUGACCCAUUCACCCACUUGGCACCCAAGUGUAAGACUGUGGAGACACAAGAUGGACGAUACCAGUCCACACUCUACUUGCCUAUCAACUCGCCACUUCGAGUUCCUGUUAAGGGUCCUGCAAUGAGCUGUGCCAGACUCGCAGAGAAAGCAGUUGCACUAGUAUGUUGUGAGAAACUUCACAAAAUAGGUGAGCUGGAUGACCAUCUGAUGCCAGUAGGGAAGGAAACAGUAAAGUAUGAGGAGGAACUGGACCUACACGAUGAAGAGGAGACCAGUGUCCCCGGCCGGCCUGGCUCCACCAAAAGGAGGCAGUGCUAUCCUAAAGCCAUACCAGAGUGUCUGCGGGACAGUUACGCUGUACCAGAGCAGUCCUACUACCUUUACGUGAUUGGGAUGGUCCUUACCACCCCUCUCCCUGAUGAGCUCAACUUCCGCAGAAGGAAGCUCUACCCACCAGAGGAUACCACCAGGUGCUUCGGCAUCCUGACCGCCAAACCAAUACCUCGAAUCCCCCACUUCCCGGUGUACACUCGCUCGGGUGAGGUGACCAUCUCAAUCGAGCUGCAGAAGUCGGGCUUCACGCUCACUACUGCCCAGCUAGACCUCAUCACUCGCCUGCACCAGUACAUCUUCUCCCACAUCCUCCGCCUGGAGAAACCUGCACUGGAGUUCAAGCCCAUGCUGGCCGACUCAGCUUACUGCGUUCUACCUCUGAAUGUUGUUGGGGAUUCCAACACACUAGAUUUGGACUUUAAGUUCAUGGAGGACAUUGAGAAGUCUGAGGCCCGCACUGGCAUUCCUACCACUCAGUACACCAAGCAGAACCCCUUCACCUUCAAGCUGGAGGACUACCAGGACGCUGUCAUCAUUCCAAGGUAUCGCAACUUUGACCAGCCUCAUCGCUUCUAUGUGGCCGACGUGUACACAGACCUCACGCCGCUCAGCAAGUUCCCCUCGCCAGAAUAUGAGACAUUUGCCGAGUAUUACAAAACCAAGUACAACCUGGACUUGUCCAACCUGAACCAGCCACUCCUGGAUGUAGACCACACCUCAUCCAGACUGAACCUGUUAACACCUCGGCACCUGAACCAGAAGGGCAAAGCCCUGCCACUCAGCAGUGCAGAGAAGAGGAAGGCCAAGUGGGAGAGUCUGCAGAACAAACAGAUUCUGGUUCCAGAGCUGUGUGCCAUCCACCCCAUCCCUGCAUCACUGUGGAGGAAAGCAGUAUGUCUACCCAGCAUCCUCUACCGCCUCCACUGCCUCUUGACUGCCGAGGAGCUGAGAGCCCAGACAGCCAGCGAUGCUGGAGUGGGAGCCCAGACCCUCCCCCCUGACUUCAGGUAUCCAAACCUGGAUUUUGGGUGGAAGCGGUCCAUAGAUAGCAAGACUUUCAUCUCCUGUCCUGAGUCAUGCGCCGAGCAUGCUGAGGGUCACUGUAAACACCAAGCGGCUGUAUUCCCUGAUCCCGAUGCCCCGAUUCCACCCUGCAGUCACCACUCCUCCCUCUCUGAACAGGGGCCCCUCACGGCCCCUCAGCCCGGAGAUGCCGCCUGCACCAGGAAUCUAACUAAUGGGACUGCCCUAGUCACCAACUGCGAUGACAACGGCCACCAAGAAGAGCACCUUCAUCAACAUGACAAUUGCCAACGCUCCCAGCCCGGCUCGCCGCGGCAGGAGAGCCCUGAAUCAAUACAAACCACUACCUCACUUCCUGUGCAGCCCUCUCCCAGCUUCAAAAAGCCCAGCUCAAGCCCUCCCCAGCCUAGUGAUGAAUGUACACCCGGGAGGACCUCAGACCACGUGAAUAAAGCUACCUCAGUCUGCAGCCUGGCAGCCAUGGGUCCCGACCCUCCCACAGCACCUUCCCCACCUGACCCAGCGGGUGUUCCACAGCCCAGCACUGAGGCAGGGGAUUCCCCCAAGAGCCUGGGGCCCAACCCAGGCCUCAUCCUGCAGGCCUUGACCCUAUCCAAUGCCAGUGACGGCUUCAAUCUGGAGCGGCUGGAAAUGCUUGGUGACUCCUUCCUUAAGCAUGCCAUCACAACCUAUCUGUUCUGUACCUACCCCGACGCCCACGAGGGCCGCCUCUCUUACAUGCGCAGCAAGAAGGUGAGCAAUUGUAACCUUUACCGUCUGGGGAAGAAGAAGGGGCUCCCCAGCAGGAUGGUGGUGUCCAUCUUCGACCCUCCAGUCAAUUGGCUGCCUCCCGGCUACGUGGUCAACCAGGACAAGAGCAGUACAGACAAGUGGGAUUCAGAUGAGGCCAAAGAAGAGCUCCUGGCCAAUGGGCGAUCAGGGGAUGACUAUGAGGAGGAUGAGGAGGAUGGCGAGGACGGGGAUGAAGAUGCAGAGCUGAUGUUGAAGGACGAGCCAAAGGAUGAGGUCAACAUGGAGGAUGACCUAGAGUACUACCAGGAGCACAUCAGGUUCAUUGACAACAUGCUGAUUGGCUCCGGUGCCUUCGGAAAGAAGAUCUCCAUCAGUGGCUUCCCACCCUCUCCUACUCCUGCCUCUGGCUCCUCUCCUGCCCCCGACUCGCCUUACGAAUGGAAGGCUCCCAAGAAGCCCCCUCACCAUGCUACACCCCACUACCCCUCAGAAGUGGCACCUGGCGGGCCCUCUGCUGAGGAAUUCGACUACAGCUCAUGGGAUGCCAUGUGCUACCUGGACCCCAGCAAGGCCGGCGAGGAGGAUGACUUUGUGGUGGGUUUCUGGAACCCGUCGGAGGAGAACUGUGGUGCAGAGUUGGGCAAGCAGUCCAUCUCCUACGACCUGCACACAGAGCAGUGUAUCGCUGACAAGAGCAUUGCAGACUGCGUGGAGGCUCUUCUGGGUUGCUAUUUGACCAGCUGUGGAGAGAGAGCUGCCCAGAUGUUCCUCUGCUCCCUGGGCCUUAAGGUGUUACCAGUGGAGAGAAGGGCCGUGACGGACACAUCAGUGGUACGUCCACAGGCCAUGACUCAAGACCUUCACUAUGGCUGGCUGAAGAUCCCGCCCCGCUGCAUGCUGGACCAUCCAGAUGCAGAGCGAACUCUCAACCACCUUAUCUCCGGCUUCGAGAACUUUGAGAAGAAGAUCAACUACACUUUCCAGAACAAGGCUUACCUCCUGCAGGCCUUCACCCACGCUUCCUACCAUUACAAUACCAUUACAGAUUGUUACCAGCGGCUGGAGUUCCUUGGUGAUGCAAUUCUAGACUACCUCAUUACGAAGCACCUUUAUGAAGACCCGCGGCAGCACUCCCCCGGCGUGCUGACUGACCUGCGAUCAGCACUCGUCAACAACACCAUCUUCGCCUCUCUAGCGGUCAAGUACGACUACCACAAGUACUUCAAGGCCAUCUCGCCCGAACUUUUCCAUGUCAUCGAUGACUUUGUGCAGUUUCAGCUGGAGAAGAAUGAGAUGCAAGGCAUGGACUCCGAGCUGCGGCGCUCCGAAGAAGAUGAAGAGAAGGAGGAAGACAUCGAAGUCCCCAAGGCAAUGGGGGAUAUCUUCGAGUCGCUAGCUGGAGCAAUUUACAUGGACAGCAGGAUGUCAUUGGAAACAGUGUGGCAAGUGUAUUAUCCAAUGAUGAGGCCACUUAUAGAGAAAUUCUCGGCAAAUGUACCCCGCUCUCCCGUGAGGGAACUGCUAGAGAUGGAACCGGAAACUGCCAAGUUCAGCCCUGCAGAGAGAACGUAUGAUGGCAAGGUUCGGGUGACUGUGGAGGUCGUCGGUAAGGGCAAGUUCAAAGGAGUUGGCCGCAGCUACCGGAUCGCCAAGUCGGCAGCAGCGCGACGGGCCCUGCGCAGCCUCAAAGCCAAUCAACCUCAGGUCCAAAACAACUGAGCUUCUCCUGCUAGCUCCCAACGUUAGCACCUAAGCUAUUGACGCUAAGAGAAAAAGCGACACUUCCUAACACAGCGCGAUGCUAGCCCUGCAUCUUCAGCCCUCAGUGGCACAACCAAGGCAGCCAGGGAACACUGUGUGGAGACGCAACACAAGAAGCAGACUGAUCUCAUAACAGAUUUCACAUUGGAUGUUUUUUUUUCCUUUUUUUUUUUCUUUGUUUUAAUUUUUUUUUUUGCGCAAACACAAUCUUUACUUUCCCUCUCUGCUUUGUGUAAUCACACGAGUGCUUUAUUAACGUUUAGCAAAGUGUUAAAAGAAAAAAAAGGUCAGAUUGCAAUGUCUAUUCCUCACUGUUUUUUUUUUUUUUGUUUUUUUUUGGUUUGUUUAUUUUGUUUAAACUUAUACGUCUGAGAUGAGGCUUAUGCUUAUUGUGUAGUAUUAGAUUGUACAUAGUUCAAUCAAAGUUGUAAAUCAAAGUAUGUAGGAAAAAAAAAAAAAAACGCUAAACUCCUCAGCCUGUGCACUAGUGCCAGUUUUAAAGCGGUUUUUAAAACGCUAAUGGCGGACAUGGCUAACAGAGACCACUGGAGCAAACCUGGUGGCACUUCUGUCUGAAAUCUGUCUUGAAAUGGUAUUCUUAAUCAUUAUUGCACUUAUUCCAUUAGGGUCUGUUAUUUUGAAAAUUGUGUGGUCAGGUUGACACCAAAAUCAUAUACGUAGCAAAAUAUAAAUAUAUAUAAAAAAAUAUAAAAUACAUUUAUGAUAUUCUUUGCCUUAGAUGCUAAGGCCCACCCUCAUAUCCUGCAAAAUGGAUAGGAAUUUCAACAUUCCCAGUUACUGUAAUUUAAAGUAGUUUUUAACCGCACUUGAGGUUGCAUGUUCGUGUAGCUUAUGUAUUAACCAUGACAACUGGAUGGCUUAUAUAAUGUUAUAAAUCUAUCAAUAUAUCUACCGUGUGAGAGGGAGAGAUUAGAUGUUUAUGGCAUUAGUGAACAUCUUGGUUUCUGUUUAAUGUGUUUUGAUACCAAGAAUGAAUGAAUUUGACAAGUCAUUCUUGAGCACUAAAUGUCUUUCCAUCGAAUGAAUUGCCGAGUUUUGAUAUAACAGCAGAUCUUAGAGAAAGACAUAUCACUCGUACAAUAUGCUGCAGACUUUUCUACGAAUUGGAUACUCGUGUGAAGACACAGAAUCUUUUAAAGUACAGUCUUUAGGAAAAAAAAAAAACAAGUUGAGUUAAUUUUCCACACACUAGUGGUCCUCACAUCCCUUAACUUACCAAAGCUAUAGCAGAUGUGACACUAUGAGGUUGAAGUCAAUUCCUAGGGAUAAGGAUACCAGCCUUUUUUGUUUUGUCAUCUUUUCAGUUCUGGCAAUUUUUUUUGCUUCUUGCCUAAAUGUCAUUUUUUUUCUUAUCAAUAAGCCCUUUUCACUUGAAUACCUCAGUUAAUUGCAUGCAUUAUUUUCUUUUUUCUUUGUUUUUUUUUUUGUUUGUUUUUUUUUUUUUUUUUUUGGUGCUAUGUUUUUGUAUUAAGCUUGAAUUUCUCAUCUUUUUGCACUGUAACUAUAAUACCUCUUCAUUUGACCUUUUUAUUUUGAGAUCUGUUUGGUUUGGUUGUCCUGUUCUAUCAGCUGUCACAGCUGUAGAGGAGAGCUGCGUUGUUGUUUUUUUCCCUCCCAUACUUUUUCGGUUGAUGCUUGAUGAUUUCAGGGGGGACAGGAAGUGUAUUCUCUGCACAUAAGCCUAACUAAUUUUUCCUUGUCGAUUAGUAAUCAGUCUCAUUCAUUUUAUCAAUUAAGAAGCUACUUUUAAAUGCUGGGAAAAGGCAAGCAUAAGUGAACGAUCAGAUGGGUAGAAAUGCUUGUAGAGGUAAUCAGAUUGCACUCUUAAUCAUAAGCUUUUUCUUGAGUUCCACUCAGUUAUGCUAAAUAAGUAGGACUUUCUCCCUAAACCCAGGCAGAGGGAAUGAUACUUGACUUAUUUCUUCAUGAAUAACAGUGUUGGAAGUGACCUUAGCCUGUGUGUUUCCUAAAGCUGUGUUAGUAUGGCUAGCUGAAACCCAAUUGAAAGUCAAAUAUCCCACCCAUAGUGCUACUACCUCAAAAACACUGCACUCUGCUCUCUGCCAGGCGCUUGUCUUUAUACGUCAGUAAAGAAAAAAACGGGACAUUUAUUCGACAACACUGCAAUUCAACAAAUACCUAUGGCAGUGCUACGUACUGUAGUAUUUUUACUGUGAUAUCUGCACCUUGAAAAAUUAGGUCUUGUCUAUGUCAUACUCAAAUAGAUGAUUUUUUUUUUUUUUUUUUUUUUUUUUUCGCACUGAGUCCACAGUACGUUCCCUCAGAGUAAUUUGUAUCUGUCAAAAACAAAAGUUAAACCCAGUGCCUUGCUGUGGAGCCAAAUUAGUGCCAGAAACGAUUGCAUUUGAACUUGUCACAGUCAUGCUGAACUGUUGAGUUUGAAAAAGGGAUUUAAGGAAUGAGUUUAUUGGAAAGUGAAUUUAUUAAGGCAAAAAAUUCGAAUUGAAUCCAAUGGUUAGAAAUGGAAUGUGAUUAUUACUGAAUGUAACAUCAACUAUGAAACUGUAAUUAGACAUUCAGGUUUCUCAACUCAGACUGAGCUCUGUGUGACACACACCCAGAGAGUCAGGAAAAGCAAAUGAGUGAAGGUUCAGUUUUUCAACGCCAGACAGCCGACUGAACAUGUAGCUUGUGAAAGUGCAGAACUUCAGCUAGCUGCUUCAAACUAAUCGUGGAUGCAGCCUGGAACACACCGGAAAAUAGUGACACAAGGGUGGAAGCCAUAUCACAGACUGUACACUCGGGAUUUGUAGAAGCUGGCAGUCAUUUUAUAUCUCCCCAAUGUUGCUGGAUUGAAUUUUUAUUUGAAUAAUAAUCUUUAUUUAUAGACCAUUUUUCAAUACCAACGAUACAAAGUGCUUCACAAAAGCAGCAAAAAAUAAAAUUUAAUAAACCUCAGAGCUUAAACAUGAGCACUUGAUGUGCUUUCAGAAAAAAAAAAAACUACUAGAAAAUUAGGAAACAAAAAUUAUGAGAAAAUAAGCAAAAUAACUGUAAAAUUAGGGGAAAAAUGUAAUAAAAUUACAAAAUUUUGCUAAAAUGGUAGAAAAAAAGCCAUCCACAGGCUGCUGGGUUUGAGCUAAUCUGAACUCACAUUAUUUAGUUUGACAUGGCAGUUAAAUGCAACAGUAAUUACAUUCAGAUUUACAUUCGGCCUUAGAAUUUUUUUAAUUCAUCAAUUCAGUAUAUUCAUUUUUUUUAUAACCUAAUUUGAUGUGACAUAACAAAUUCUGCAGUUCAAAUACAGUCCUUUCUGGCACUGAUUUCUUUCCAAACCUCUCAAUUUGAACGAUCUUUGACACACACUGAGCUUCGUGGCCAGCAGACAGACGGACUUGCUGCAGAUCGGUGUGGAUGCAGUAACUGACUGACGUCGGGUGCCGUGCAUUGCAUUUGGCUUGCGUCGGGUUCCGCAAAUAGCCGCGUGAAGUGUGAAUCCGUUGUAAAAUGCUCGAGUGAAAAAGGAAUGUGAACUAUAGCAGUAGAAAUUGACUUAAAUCAGAGAACUGGUCGGGUGAAAGCAGUUCUGCCUUGAGUCUGUUCUUGUCAAACGGAGUGCAAUCUGUCAUUAUUUCUCAAGCACGCGUGUCACCCUGCAGUGUACGUAGAGGAAACCUGAGAUCUGGCCUGUGCCUCUGCUUUCCCCCGUUAAAAAGACAAACGGAUCAGUGUCAGACUUUCGCAUUGGAGUGUAACUGGACUUCCAAGCCCUUGCCAGUCACACCGCUUCCAACACUUAAGUCUGCAGUGUACAAACAGCCAUUUUUACAUUUACGAAACGUGUUAUUCUUUUUCUCUCUCUCUGCUGAACUCGUUCAGCCAGACACACUAAUUUUCCACAAGACUCGACUCGCUGACGUCAAAUCCGGGAGGGAGGGCGAGGGAUUACUUUAAAAAAAAAAAAAAAAAAAGAAUGUGAAAUCACACAUUAGGUGCCACGCCCACUCUUUAUUUUUAUCUGAUUGAUGAAAAUAAAGACAUUCUCACAAAUAAUCAUUAAAGUCAGAAGUGGCAUCAGUUUCCUACAACCUAUUUUUCUCUCUCUCUCUCUUUUUUUUUUCCCCCCGCGUUGGGGGGGUCUGUUUUUGGGAGUGUCGAAGUUAAGGUUGCCCUGCGUUACUUGUGGCGGACUGUGUUCUUUUACUGGCAUAUUUGUUAUUUUGUUAAUUUUUUUCUUUCGAUUCUUUUUUUUUUUUUUCCUUUUGUACAUGUAGCACAAUUGAGCAUUGCACUUGGGCGCCAUACUUUACCUCAUGUCAGAGUGUGAAAGGGAGUGAAAGAUGGAGAAAAAAAAGUGUAUAUAUGAUGCCGUUAUGUUAAAGAGGACUAACUUGUGGUUCAGGCUUUGCUGCUGUUUCACUUGCUGGUAUUAUACAAUACUAUUUAAAGAAAAUAAGGGGCUACGGGAGGGGGUGACAAAUGUGCCUGCAGGUUAUCAUCUGAUGAAUACACUGUAGUAAAGAGAUCUCCGCAAUCUGGGGCUAAAAUGUAUGGGCGUCGCGUACAUUCAUGUCCUGCCUUAAAAAACGAUUCUUUGAAAUAUUUUGAAUUGUAACCCUCAAACAACCAUGUCCAAGCAUGACUUGAAUCACACUAAGUGAACUGUCCCUCGCGAUCAAGUUCUGUUUUGACUACUUUCAUAUGGAAUAUACUGCAUGUCAUCCGAGCGACGCUCCCGGUCGAUUUUCUAUUUCUCCUGUGGUGUUAGUUUGGUCUAGCAAGACAAACUUCCCCCAGCCCUUUAUCAGUUACUUAAAGGAAAAAUCCACCACUCGGAUGUUCUUCCACUGCUAAAUAUCAUCAGAUCUGUGUUAAAUUGUGAUUUAGUGUUGUAAUUAACUGUCUCAGUGUACUCUCAUUCCCUCAUCCUGCCUCGUUUAUCCAACAACCCCCAGAGAAGAGCUUGUUGCUUUCCAUCCACAGCAGGUGUAAGGGCAUUAGGGAUUGAGCGAUGUUCAUUUCUCAGCAAUCCAGGAGACUGAUAACUAGGGCGGAUAUUCAUUUGUAGUAAAUUUGAAAAUUGCAUUGUACAGCUUUACAGUGUCAAACACAAACCUUGCUUUGAGUUAGAAAAUAUUUAUUUUUUAAGUAAAAUAAAUUAAUAAAUGCACCAAAAAAAGGCAAAUCCAGUGAACAAGGAAAUGAGAAUAGUAACCAUAUUAGCGCAAAUGUGGCCCCGCCCACUUUUGUUCCACCCUCUUUCACAUAGAGAGGCGGCACCUGAGUGGUUUUCAUAUCGGCCAACAUGUCAGUCAAGAUUACAAUACCAGGUAUUGGAAAAAAAGUGAAUAUUGGCCCCAAUAAUCAGUCAGUCUGUGGGUUAUGUGUCUAUGGUAGAGUCCACUCCCCUUCUUCAAGGUGUAAAGGUGUGUUCAAACCAAACGCAAAGUGUGUUUUUGCAUCACAGCCUCGUAUGAACACAGCCCUGAUUUUUUUCACUCAAGUUGAAAAAUUUCAACACAUGUGAAUGCGGGACUUUCACGUGUUCGCAUCAUUUGCGAUGCGGAAAUUCACGUCAUCUGCGAAUUUGCGUCUAUUUUUGGUCGUUUGGUCUGAACACGCCUCAGGACAUGCGGUUGUAUUGCAUUGUGGUGUUUUGAGGCGACUGUUGGGGAAAUCGGUCUCUUUGCCUCUUCUGUGAUGGAUUUCUUCUUGUGUAAUUGUUGAACGAGGGAUCUUUACGGUUGAUGUUACAGAAAUCCUUGGGGGAAAAGAGACACCACCAAACAACCAGAAUUGCAAGAUGUUUCAAGAGCUGUUUCUAAACAAUGGUAGUGUUUUAGGUUGGAUUUUUCCUUUAAGGUCCAUUGGGAAAAGUGAAAAAUGAAAUGCCUUUGCUAAAUGACAGUGUGGAAACGGGAUGGGGAGUGUGCUCUUUACACAGCAUGGAAUCGGGUGCGCAAAAGCCAGCAUGGAGCAACGAUGGUGACUUCCAGGGAACGGAGUCAUCACCAAACAGCAGAACACCAGCAGAGUGGAACAAAAAAACAACAAAAAAACAAAAAAAACAGAAUGAUCGAUGAACUCUUUAUCAGUAUGGGGAAUUAUGGGCCAUCACAACCUGCAGCAAAAUUUUAAGGGACAUUGGAAUAAAAAUUGAACUCCUCACUCAUACUGUAAUACCGUGCUGCAGUGGUUUGCGGUCUGCACCUUAUGGAUCACAAAUACCUUUAAUUUUUUUCUUUGUUUUGUUUUGUUUUUUCUUUUGUAAUAAUUGUAGCCGAGUAUAUCUACAAUAAAAGUAAUGGUAUGGUCGUUCA